AUGUCCACAUCCCAUUCAAGGAAAUCCUGCGAUAUAACAUCGACAAGUUUCUCCGAGGAUUCAAAAUCUUCACCUAGUUUACCGACGCGACGACCUAGAACUUCGACUUCCACACGUGUCUGCGGACGCGAUAAUCAUUCAUACAUGGUUGCUGUAAUUGAGGGUAGAGGCGUGGCUAGCGAAAUUGGAAUGUGCUUUAUCGAUUUAAGAACAAGCGAAUGUAUUUUAUCACAGUUCGCUGAUUCUCAAACGUACAUAAAGACGCUACACAAAUUAAAUUUAUAUGAUCCGUCUGAGAUCGUGUUAUCUCAAACUGCUUUUGAACCUUCCAAAUCCAAGUUGUGCAAGGUUCUUGAGGACAAUAUUCCAAUGGCUAGCUUCGUACCAAUUGGAAGAAAAUAUUUUAAUGAUGCGAUUGGACUUAAUUACAUCAAACAAGCAAAAGAUGAAUCUACUUCAUUGAUAUUGGGCAUUGCAUCAAAGCACCUAUUCUUAAAUCCGUUUUCGGCAACCGCUGCGAUAUUAAAGUAUAUUGAAUCUACCCAGAAUAUUUUCUUUACCAACCAUUCUAUCAAAUUCAAGUAUCAAGGGUGUGAAGGAACGAUGAUGAUAGACAGUAUGACUUCACGUAACCUUGAGUUGAUAAGCAAUAUAAACAAUCCACGUAGCAAUCAUUCACUUUUCGUAUAUUUAUUCAUUGAAGUUGGUCGUUUAUACCGUUUAGCUCGUUUAUUGAGAACAAAUAUUCUGCAGCCUUUAAGCGAUAUCAUGACGAUUAAUAUGCGAUUGGAUGCUGUUGAAGGUUUUCAUUUCCGUUGCAUGAACAUUUCUUAUGGAGAAACUCCAACUUAUAACUCUUAUUUACUUUGUACAGAGCUUAUACGUCACGAGGCAUGUGAUAUUGAUACUUUCUUCGCGAUUCAAACUGCGCUUAAGCCAUUUCAAGACAUUGAUCAUUUAAUAACUGCGUUGAUUCAAGUUCCAAAGAGGCCUUCGAUUAAAUAUGCAGAACAAAGCAUCAAUAACGUGAUUAUGUUAAAGCAUAACCUGAGAUUAAUUCAAUUACUUAAAGAAUCAUUUACUGGCAUUCAGAAUUCAUUAUUGGAUGCGAUUUAUGAACUUCUUACGGACACACGGCUGGAUGCUUUUGAAGAGCUUAUUAAUGAUGUUAUCAAUGAAGAUAUUACGUAUGUCAAAACACCACUUGCACUUAGAAAUCAGCGAUGUUAUGCUGUUAAGGCAGGGUUUAAUGGUUUAUUGGAUGUUGCUCGACAAACUUACAAAGAAACUGUUGAUGAUUUAAAUGAAAUAAUAGCAACAUACCGCGACCAAUAUCAAAUACCUAUAAAGACACAAUUCAGUUCAGCGAUUGGAUUUUAUUUAUCAAUAAAUAAUGAACAAUUAGAAGGCAGACCACUUCCACUUAUAUUUAUUACCAUUAAAAAGAAAAAAAAGGGUCAGACCUUUACGACAUUGGAAAUCAUGAAAAAGAAUACCAAGAUCAAUGACUCGUUAACUGAAGUAUAUUUGAUGUCUGACAAAAUUAUUGAGGACUUGAUUUCAGAAAUUCGUGGUGAUAUUGGUGUACUAUACAAGGCUUCGGAAUCCAUCGCGAUGUUGGAUAUGCUAAUUUCAUUUGUUCAUCAAUGCACUGUGUCGAACUAUGUUCGACCAGAAUUCACGGAUACUUUGGCCAUAAAGGCUGGAAGACAUCCAAUGCGAGAAAGUCUAUAUAAUGAUACAUUUGUACCUAACGAUACUUAUGCAAGCAGUGCAACAAGCUUUCAAUUAAUUACCGGACCGAACAUGAGUGGAAAAAGCACUUACCUGAGGCAAAUUGCCUUAAUGAGUAUUAUGUCUCAAAUAGGAUCAUAUGUGCCUGCGGAAUAUGCAUCCUUUAGAGUUGCAGACCAGCUCUUUACGCGAAUUUGUAACGAUGAUAAUAUUGAAAAUAAUACCAGUACAUUUGUAAUUGAAAUGCGUGAAACAGCAUAUAUUUUACAAAAUGUAACUGAUGAUAGUUUAGUGAUUAUCGACGAACUUGGAAGAGGAACGUCUACACAUGAUGGAUUGGGUAUAACAUACGCAAUUUGUGAAGAACUUUUAAAGACAAAGGCUUUUAUUUUCUUCGCCACACAUUUUCAUGAACUUACAAGAAGUUUAACUGUGUAUCCCAAAGUUGUGAAUUUGCAUUUGGAAGUUGAAAUUAAUGAAGAUAAUAGAUUAUUAGCGAUGAAAUAUCUGUAUCGAGUUAAAGAUGGAAGAAACGAGGAUGAACAUUAUGGUUUAAAGUUUGGACAAAUAAUUGGUUUUCCACAAGAAGUUAUUAGAAAGGCUUCUGAAGUUUCACAUAAGUUGCAAGAACUUAUCGAUACCAAUAAAGAAAAAUCGACUUCAAAUAAAAUAAUCCAACGACGAAAGAUAUUAUUACAACAGUUGGUGCAACAUCUCUUACAAAUCAAAAGAUCCUCUAAUUUGGACAAGGAUAGCUUAAAAAAAUACCUAAAGAUGGUUCAAGAAGAAUUUAUUGCAAAGAUGGAAGAAUUGCUUUAA